UAGGAGCUGACCACACUAUGCUUGAGGAUACAAGAGAACUUCCUGCAGAUCAUAAAAUUCCAAAUUUGAAAGAAUUCAAGUUUGCUGAUUUGAAAAGGGCUACAAGUAACUUCAGCCCAGAUCUUCUGUUGGGUGAAGAAGGUUUCGGAGGGGUGUUCUUAUGUUGGGUGGACAAGAACACAUUCGCCCCAUCAAAACGAGGUGUUGGAAUUGUUGUUGCUGUUAAAAGGCUCGGAAAAGGUAUUCAAGGACAUGAUGCAUGGAAGAUAGAGAUGAGGUUGUUAGGACGGUUGGCUCAUCCAAAUAUCAUUACUCCAAUCGGAUACUGCAACGAUAAAAGACAUGAAUACUUGCUUGUUUACGAGUACAUGCAGAACCAAAGCUUUGAUCAUGUUUUAUUCGCAAAUGCGAAACCACUUUCAUGGGGAACAUGCCUUAUGAUAAUGAUAGGAGUUGCGCGUGGACUUGCGUAUUUGCAUUCAUCAGAAGCUCAAGUCAUAUUCCGUGAUGUUAAGAGCUCAAAUAUAUUCCUGGACCAAGAUUUUAAUGCAAAACUAGGGGAUUUUAGUUUAGCGAAACUUGGUCCUGAAAUCGGGAAAACACAUGUUAGUACAAGGGUUGUUGGAACCUUGGGUUAUGUAGCCCCGGAGUAUUAUCAGACGGGUCAUUUGACUGUGAAGAGUGACAUCUACGGUUUUGGAGUGGUGUUGCUCGAAACUCUAACCCUUCGACAGGCGUUUGACCCCACAGGGACUAGUAUGGAACACAAUCUGGUCAAAUGGGCAAGGCCAAUCCUUGCAAGUAGAAAAAAGCUAAGGAAAAUUAUGGAUCGACGUUUUGAUCAGAAUUACCCCCUAGAAGCUGCUAUCAAAUAUGCUGAACUCGCAUUAAGAUGUAUCGCAUACAAUCCCAAGUACAGACCUUCGAGUGAAGAAAUUUUGCAGAUUUUGGAACAAAUAUAUGUCGUUAACAAGUAAUGGAAGGACAACUUGAGACAUGGUGAUGCAUGACAACAGUUUGAUAUGCGUUAAAUACCGUUGCUUAUUCUCCCAUCUAGCUUGGGAUAACAUCAUACUCUGAGUUGGGGAGCUUAAUGAGGUACUUCAAAUAUAUGAACUUCUCCCUAAUUACUUCUUGAUCUGACCUUUUUUUGCUGAUUUUGGUUUUAAUAGUCUUUAUAGAUCAAAAAGUCAACAUUCAUUGAAGAGAAAACGUUUUACAUGUGUU